UUGGUACCAAAAUAUAAGCUCUACAUAUCUUAUCGUAGCAUUCAUCCCCAGCAAUUUGUUUUCCAACUCCACAAUGAAGAACUUGCAAUACAUGAUGCCACUUGUAUUUCUGGCACUAUGUUUACUCUUCUGUUCAGCAGAGGCACAAGGAGGUUGUGCUUCCUCAAUUGUUCAGGCUGCGUAUUGGCCGUCUUCCACCGCCUCAUUCAUGCCGCCCGCUUCCAUCAACGCAUCCCUCUACUCUCACAUCUAUUACGCCUUUGCAGAAAUGAAUGACCAAACAUUCCAGCUGGAGGAGCAGAUAAUGAUGGGUGAAUUCACCACAACAGUGCAGCAGAAAAACCCGUGCGUAAAGACGCUCAUCUCCAUCGGAGGCGGGGGAUCCAACUCCACUGCCUUUGCUCUCAUGGCAACCAAUCCCAUCCGGCGUGUAGUCUUCAUAAAAUCAGCCAUCGCUCUCGCCAGACGCCACGCCUUCUACGGCCUCGACCUCGAUUGGGAGUUUCCCGGCAACUCUACGGAAAUGGAGAAUUUGGGUGAAUUGUUCUCCGAGUGGAGACAGGCCAUAGAUUCAGAGAGCAGAUCGUCGGGCCGCCCUCCGCUUCUCCUGAGCGCAGCAGUGUAUUUUGCGCAGAGAUUCUUCUUAUGGGGCGAGCACAGAAGGUACCCAUCGGCCUCCAUUGCCGAAAACCUCGACUGGGUAAAUGUGAUGGCCUUUGAUUAUCACGGGUCAAGGGACACUUCUGCGACCGGAGCCCCCGCAGCGCUUUAUGACCGUAGCUCUAACGUUUCGACCAGCUAUGGGAUUUCAACCUGGGUCGACUCCGGAUUGCCGCCGCGUAAAGUUGUAAUGGGGAUGCCGCUUUACGGGCCUUCGUGGGUGCUCAAGUCGCUAAACCAGACGGGCAUUGGAGCUCCUGCUGUGGCGGCUGGUCCCAAACAAAAUCUCAGCGCCGAAAGCGGUGUUAUGUUCUUCUCGGAGAUCCGAGAUUUGAUACGGGUCAAUAAUGCGACCGAGGUGUUCGAUACUGAAAGUGUCUCAGCUUACUGCUAUGCGGGAGAGUUAUGGGUGGGUUAUGAUAACCAGGACUCCGUGGCUGCCAAGGUUAAAUUCGCUAAGCAAAAGGGCCUUUUGGGAUACUUCUUCUGGGCUAUUAGCCAGGAUAGUAACUGGAUGUUGUCUACCAUAGCUUCUCAGUCGUGGAAUAAAUGAGAUCUUGGUUGGCCUUCGAUGUGGGUGGGGACAGAAGAAUGACGGAAAAAGUGAUGCUCCUCUCAUUAAUUCUAUGUAAUUUUCUUUGUUUACGAAUAAAAUGUUACAGAAUUUAAAAGCAA